GGAGCACUUCGAAAAAGAAAAAUUUUUGACAAUCAUUCAACUAAGUAAAAAUAAAAUAAAAAGAUAAAAUGCCUGGAAUUGAUAUCGCGGGAAUUGAACUUACCUGUGGACCGACUCAUCUGAAGAGCAGGAUCCUAGUGAGAAACCUACCGCCUUGCACCCGCGAGGAGCUGUCUUUGCUCUGCUUUCCCUUUGGCCAAAUCCUUGGCUCGCAGGUGAUCGAUACCUACGGGUAUAUCCAGUUUGAAAGUUCAACCGAGGCCAAGAGAGCCAUAGAAUCGCUCGACCAUUUUUUAUUCAAAUCGAAGGUUCUCCAAGUCUCGAACGCCAGUAUCAGUUCCCUCAAGGCCACUUUUUCUGGCACUGCUCCCCAGAAAAGGAGGAGGAUCGAAUGGUCUGAUGUGGAUGAUGUUCUCCUCGUGGAGCGGAUUGACUAUGAGGACGAUAAGGACGGUGAGGACGGUGAGGACGGUGAGGACGAUGAGGGCGAUGAGGGCGAUGGGGACGAUAAGAACGAUAAGGACUAUGUGGUAGAGGAUGACUCCGAAAGCGAUGACGAUGAGGAUGAACGCCAGAAAUCUCGCUCACGCAAGAGGAAGAGAAAACAGAGCGACAAAAACAAGAAGUAAUACGUCCGAAAUAGCAAAUCUCUAGGAGAAAAACACAGAAGCACCAACUCUUUAAAGAUGAGCACAAUUUAAUACAAUAAAAGCACAAAAGCUGUCUGCACGAAUAACUGUUCGACUCUCUCUCUAAAAAGAAAACACCAACAUUAUAUAUCUU